GGUGGAUUGCAGAAGCUUAAACUGUGGGAGCAAAUCCUGCUGACUUUUUUUUUUUUUUUGAUCACUUCUUUGGAAAGACUGUCCCUCCGAGUGAGUGAGUGUAUAAAAGGAGGUGAAGCGAACAUGGAGAUCACAGUCUGGUUCUCUCAGGCAGCCUGACGAGAGAAAGAAAUCCCCCCCCGACAGGAGCAGUUUUCUUCUUCUUCUUCGAGGAAUCGCCACGAAAACCAAAAUGAACACUGCGUCCGUCUGCGUCGUUUUCCUGGCCUGUGCUUCCAUCUGCUUCUCGAAACGUGAGGAUGCUAAUAUUUGCAAUCUUCUUCUCAAUCUUCUUCAAACAUAAUCCAUGAAAAGCAAAGAUGUUCUCUAUAACGUCCGUUUCAUUUUGCAGCUAUUCUGGACUGCCGGUGCGUCAGCUCGAACAAGAACGUAAAAUUCGAUUUGAUUGAUGCCGUCCAGGUUCUUCCUAGUCGACCUUACUGCAACCGUGAGGAAGUCAUGUAAGUCAACUUUAUCAUCCCCCCCUAGUUCAUCUGUUUAUGUGAAGCGUUAGCAGCGUUUGUGAACGUCUUUCUCCUCUUUCUCUGCAGCGCCAAGCUGAAAGACGGCACCUCGAUGUGUCUCGACCCCAAAGAAAGAUUCACCAAGGCUGUGGUGAAGACCAAACAACGAACGUGAGUUGACAGAAAGAGUUGUUUUUUUAAUGAUGCACUCUCACUCAUGUUUAUAUAAAGGGAGAAGCUCAUGGAGGGGGACACAGCUGCUCUGUGCAUCACUUACUCCAACUUUCAAUGACUUAAACUUAUUUAAAAGUUUAUAAAUCACAAGACUGAAGCCUCUUAAAAGGCGUCCAAAGAUAAGCUUGGAGGUUUCUGAGCAGAAGAAUAAGAAACUUAAAAUACAGCUGUCAGAAAGUUGGUCAUUAUCCGUCAAAUAGAUGCUCACGACGAAAAUAAAUAAUUGCUUUAAUCUGUUUACUGUGAAGUCAGAAGAUGGUGUGCAACUGCGCAAACUUAUCAUCAAGAAUAAUGAGUUUGCAUCUCAAAAUGCAGAGAGUAUUUUUCAGUGUACAUGCUUAAAAAAACAAACUUCACACCAGCGUUUGUUUUAUUGAAACAGCUCAUUCGACAGGGAAGAUGUAAACUAUAUCGUACAACUCCAGUCUGUCGCAAACAAGCUGUGGUCACUGACGUUUUAAUGCGUUCAUUAGAAAUCUUCACCUGUUGUGUUUACAGAAAAGGGAGGUCUUACGAAUUUGCGAUUUCAACAUCGCCACUGGUGUUCCUAUCACUAUUCAGCCUCGGGAAAACUAAAAAUUCCUGGAGCAAACUUUUGCAACUGACAGGUGUGCAAAUAUUCUCAACUCAACUCAACUUUAUUUGUAAAGCACUUUAAAACAACCACAGCUGAACAAAGUGCUGUACAUAACUAGACAAAACAACAAGAUAAAAAACAAUUAAAAAACAAUCAAAACAAUGGAUAAAAUAAAAGCAGAAUUAAAAAGUAGAAUAUAGUUUCAAUGUUUUUAAAAACUAAUUUAAAAACAUAGAAACAAAUAACUAAAAACAAACCAUAAAACACUAAAACAGGAGCCGAGUCUCAUGCAGGGUUGAAAGCCAAUGAAUAAAAAUGGGUUUUAAGACGAGUUUUAAAAAUGGACAGUGUGGGGGCUUGUCUGAUUUGGAGGGGUCGCUCGUUCCAUAAUUUUGGGGCCGCAACAGAAAAAGAUUUAUCCCCUCUGAGCUUCUGUUUGGACCUCGGUACCUCCGGGAGCUGCUGAUCAGCUGACCUGAGGCACCGAGCGAGCAGGGGUGUAGGGGUAUUGAAAAAUAAAAGACAUUGAGUGAGCGAUGCUGCGGAUUAGUCCAACUAUUCAGUAUUUUGAAGGUGUGGUUGUAAAAAGUGGUUCAAGAGACUCGAUCACUUUUUCAUCUUUUUGGAAUGUUUGUCAAAUUUUUAAGUCAGGGUUCAGAUCUACACCCAAAAUUUCGACUUCAUUCACCAUCUAAAUAUGUUUUUUUUUUUUUUAUUUAUUGUUUUUAUUUUUUCCGGAGAGGCCGAUUAAAACUGUUUUGUCAUGUUCAAAGUGAGCUGAAUGUGACGACUUUCAGGUAGAUUAUCAACAGAAAGGUUAAAAGUCAGUGGUCCCAGUAUUGAGCCUUGGGGAACACCUGUUUUCAUUCUUUAUUUAUUACUCUGUAGCUGCUCUUAACUGCAGACAAAGUUUCUUUAAAGUUGCCGUUUUUGCAACAGUUCUAGGAGAAAACCUCACAAGUACAAUCUGUCAUAAACCUCUUCUCUAGACACUUUAAAUUCUAACGUUCAUGAUGAUGUGUUUUUCUCUUUUACAGGCAGAUCCUGCGUGCUUUGAGGAGGAGCAUUACCAGCACGGUUUCAACCCCUGCAUCGUCCACAGUCCAGUCGACGACAUCGUAAUCCGACUGACCGCCGAGUCGAUCAGUCUGAGGUUUCUGUUCAUUAAGAGGAAGGUCACCUGGUGAAGUUCUGACACAUGCGCACAAAACCUCGCCGAAGGAUUUCCCCCCCGUCGAUUGUGAAUCGAACCGGCAGCUAAAACCGACAGCUGGGCAUAAAAAGCACUAACAAAGACAGAGUUUGUUCUUUUAAUUGCAGUUAAAAACUAUUUUUGUUAACACCUUUUAGUCAUGACACUUUCGUAGCACACUUUUCAUCUUUAAAACUUUAUUUAUAAUCACUGUGAAUCGUUAAAUCGAGGCUGACGGUGUGAUGGUCGCUGAUGGACGUUCAUGUUUUUGUAUUUCCGAUGAAUGUGAAAUGGUAAAUGUGAAAUUCCGAGUUUCAUGGCUUCUGUGUCAAAGUAGUGAUGCUUUAAAUACGUCUUUUAACUCACUGCAUUUAUGCCUCAUGUAACUCUAAUGUGACACUGUUAACGUGCAGAUGCAAAACUCAAUAAAUAUGAACGCUGAGUAAAUUUG